CUCCAUCCUUCUGACCAAAGGCCUUUUCCAUGAGGGCAUUUUAUUUUGACUCUGCGCAGUGAGCUACUCUGCUUUAAGAACAAUUUAUCAUGGAAUCUGAAGCCUUAGAAAUUUGCCCUUACAACCAUCACCACAUCCCGCUCAGAUUUCAGUACCACCUGGCAUCGUGCAGGAAAAAGAACCCCAAGAAAGCCAGGAUGGCCAGCUGCAAACACGCCUGCCAUGCAGUCCUCACGACAAAGCCGGAGCCCAAGGCAGCCCGUGUCAACAGAAGCCGCACAAAGGAAGGGGACAGCUUGAGCCCUCUGAAAAUUAGCUUUCCAAGUGCAGAGCAGAAUGGAAGCGCCCCUCCAGUGUCCCAGCUCCCCAACCCUGAAGUCUGGAACGUUGACGACACUAACAGCCAUCCCAUGUUUGUCUUUAGGAUUUCUGUUCCCCAAAAGCUUGUUUGUGAAAAUGAAGAGUCAGAGAGAGAGAGGACCACCUUCCUCACCCCUACCACCUCCCAGAAGGUACUGCAACCAGGAGAGUAA